AUGGCAUUUGUUUUGCCCUCAACCUGUUGCAGUGGACGCUACGCUCCAAGUAACAGUAGCCUAGCAACGGGCGCUUCAAUGAGUCGUAAACAAAUAUUUUAGAGCCACAACAAACCGUUGUUAAGUGGGAAAUUAAAGGUUUACUAAAUUUUGACAGCAAGAAAAAAUUUCAUCUCCUCAAGAAUAAACUUAACAAGAGCCCAAAUAAAGCGAUAAUGUCAUUCAAGGAUGUGCGCGACCUUGCUGAGCACCUCAAGCUGCUCGGCUAUCCGCAUGUGUUCCCUCUGCAAGCACUGGCCAACAAUUUCGGCAGUCUCGCCUCUUUUCAUGUCGUCGCUGAGCUGCUGCAAUGGCUGGCCGGUCUACUUGAGCCAGGCGCUGUGCUGGCCGGCAGCGUAGAGACCGAGAAUGAUCGCGUGCUGCUCAUCCGUUCCGCCACCGAAUUUUUCGUCACCAAAUCGGCCAUCAAACUGAAUCCGCGCAAAUUGUAUGCCUCCUCCGCCGUUACCGCCGUAGAGCUGCAGAAGAUCACGCGCAUGUUAAUAGCACCGCAGCAGUCGGGCGCAGACAAGGACGAUGAGGAGAAUUACCGCAGUCUCAAUCAGGUGGAUAUCGGUGAUAAAAUGGACGAUUUGCGACGCACGCGUGAGCUCUCGGCAGAUUUAACGCAACGUGGCGCUGCGCUGCAUGAGUUACUCGCUAAGGAAAUGUUACACAGGGAAGCGCGUCUCGCGCAAGCCAAUCGUCCCAUGGAGCUGUCAUCAGCAGAGCGCACGCUGAAGAAUGCAAUAGCGGCCGCUCAAUUGAAAUUGCAAUCGAGUCGUGCACAGCUGGAGAAUGCUCGAGUAGAAAUGAAUGCGCUCACUUCGAAAUUGCAACGUAAACGCGCCGAACUGGAGCGUACUAAGCAGCGACUGGAAGCAUUACAGAAAAUACGGCCGGCACACAUGCAAGAGUUCGAGGAUUGCGAAAAGGAGCUGCAGGAGUUGUUUCAAAGGUACUUCUUGCGCUUGCACGUACGCGAUGCGUUGCGCGCGCAAUACGAGGCGCGCACCAAGCGUAGCACCCCCGUCGCCUCACCGAUGUUGCAGAAGGCGCAAGAGUCGUCGAUGCCCUUCAUACCCGAAGGACUGAUUGAGGAUGAUGAUGAUAAUAAUGGCGAGGCGGAGCUGGAUGGCAGUGGCGUGUUGCGACAUGGCAACUUCGGAUUGGAUGCCGAGAUACCAGACAUCCGGGAUGAGGAUAUGAUGCUGCGCAAUAGGAGCUCAUAUAGUGGUUUGUUGGAUGAAGCGGCACGAAAGAUGAACAAGCGGCCCGGCACUGCCACUUCGCGUAAUGGACGCCCAAUUACGGGGCGCAAUCGGCGGCCUCAAGCAGAGCGCGCAGCAGCCGAUGACGGAGGUGAUGGCGGCGCAAUGAGCAGCAUGCUGAGUAAUCGCGCUACGUUGGGCGGCGUGGGCGACGAAGAUGACAGCUCGUUUGGCAGCACCGAUAGUGACUUGGGAAUGGGCGGGAUGCUUAGCAUGGGACGCGGGCCGGCACCAAGUGGCUUAUUGAGCAAUUUGGACUCCGAAUUGGGAGACUUUGUCGAUGAUGAUUUUGACCUCAAUUCAAUGGACGAUAUAAGCAUUUCGAAGAUAACUGGAGAGUUGCCGUUGCGCCCAAAGACCGCAAGUAAGCCGGAUCAUCACAGCGAUGAAGACUUCUAACACAUUCCUCAUGUAAUUGAAAGCAAUACAGUUUGUGAAAUCCAUAAAACGCCGUGGAUUCGUAAGCCAGCACAGAUUUGUUAGUGAUCCUAUCAUUCCCGGAUGGGUAAAAAACCUAGUUUGGGACCACUUAUGACCUUUUUUUUAACAUACAUAUAUUUUUAUAUCAAUAUUACAAACCUAUAAUUAGUGUACAACAUACAAAAGUUGCUAUUUGCAGAAAGCAUCAUUACAUCCUCGAAAAACU